UGUCAAUUAAUAAGUCAUAAAAUUUCAGAACGAUUACGAAUAUCCGCCCGCUACCGCCGUAUUAGCUCCUUCACUGUUUAUUUGUUUGUAAAAAUAAUUCGAUAUUUUAUGCCGUUUUGCGCUAUUUAUAAACACAAACAACCCAGUCAAAUACUAUAAAUAACAUUUACGACGCCCCUUGCUGAGUCAAUCGCAAUUUAAACUAGUAAACACGAAUAAAAACGAUAAAAUGCGCUACAUAUUUUUAACAACUAUAUUUAGCGUAGUUUUUGCUUACGAAAAAGACAUGACUAUUAUGGUACAGGCUGGAAAAGUGGACUGUUUCUUCCACAAAGUGCAGGUGGACGAAAUAAUCGACAUAGAAUAUCAGGUGAUAGACUCAACACACGGCGACUUAGACAUAUCGUUCCAACUGGGCGAUCCUACCGGCCGCGUCAUAGUCGCCGACUUCAAGAAGCCGGAGAACUCGCACAGGCACACGGCGACUUCCAGCGGAGAUUAUAAGUUCUGUUUCGAUAAUAGCUUCAGUACGUUUAGUCAGAAAACUGUAUUCUUCGAUAUGCUGAUCGACGGUGAUGAGCAGGACGAAAAGGACUAUGAUGAUGAUAAAGAAAUGGAACUUGGUAACGCAGCAGAAACAUACAUGAUGCGAGUACGAGAUAUAUCAGAGUCUGUCACCCGAGUGAAGGAUAAGGUGUCCACAGCUAGGAGGCUCCAGGAGUUGCACUCUGCCCAUGAGGCUAGAGACAGGAACUUGGCUGAGGAGAUGUGUGACAGAGUAUUAACAUGGUCCAUAGGACACGUACUUUUAAUGUUAUUAGUAGGAAUUACACAGGUAAUAUUUGUAAAAAGUCUCUUCGAAGACACAAGGAGUUUUAGGAAACUUGUCCCCGGUUUUUCAAGUCGGUGAACCAACUGUGAUUGUGUCAAAAUCUUGCCUAAACAUCACAAAAUAUGUGUCAAUUAUUUUAUCAUAAUAAUAUUGGUAUAUAGAUGUUUUAUUUUACGAAAGCGGGUAAGCUAUACUAGUGUGUGUAAACCACAGAGGAAGGAAAGAUAUCGGAGAUCCCAUAAGGCAGGUAGGUCAGGCGCCUUCUUGUAGCUCAAGCAACGUGCGGUAGCCGGGAUCACUUACUACAACUAACGAGGCGUUCGGGUUCCUUGUCUAAUCAAAACCAAUCUGUCAGAGAUUGGUCUUGAUUGAUUGGUGAUUUUAUAUUGAAAAUAAUGCGGAGCUACUCCUUCGCUACUUUCUUAGGAGAUAUUGCGUUACGACAUCUCCGCUAUCUUUCCUUUUCGUGAAAUCCGCUUUCGUGAAAUAUAACAUUUAUACCAAUGAUCUCGAGUCAUAUUUUACAAAUCUUUUGUUUAAAAGAUUUAAAUAUUUUUCUUAUUUUCCUUUAUUGAAAGUAAAAAUCAUGAUUACGUAAAGAACUAUUAGUAUUAAUAGCCAUAAUUAUUGUAAAUACUUACAACAAAAUUCUUAAUGGUCUUACUACAAAAACUUAAACAUCUGUUGAACACUUGUCUAAAAAAAAGUGUGGCUGCAAAAUGGACAUUAUUUCAACGUCAUAAUUUGUCAUUUUUUUAGACAGGUGUUAAACUGACGUUUAAAAGUUUUUGUGGUAAAAAUUCAGUCUCUCUCUGUAAAAUAUUACAAGUCAGAUUUACAUUAACAGUUUAAUUUGUAAUAGUACAUUAUUUCUCUACCAUUAUUAAGUCUUAUGGGGACGAAAUUAUUGCCAUCAACUUGUAAGCUUGGAUACAGACAAAAAAUUGAAUUGUAAAAAUAAACUACCACCAAUUUCUACUAAAAAAACGUCAAUCCAACGUGGAAGCAAUAUAAGAUAUUAUUAUUUAAUGUUACUGUUACAGCCUUUUUAUCGUCCCACUGCUGGGCUGCGGCCUCCUCUCACACGGAGAAGGAUUGAGCAUUAAUCACCACGCUUGCUCAAUGCGGGUUGGUGAUUUCAGACUUUAUAGUCCAGGUUUCCUCAAGAUGUUUUCCUUCACCUUUUUAUCAGCCAUUGGUGUCAAACUUAGAAAAGUUGCAUUGGUACUUGCCUGACCCUGGAAUCGAACCCACACCCUCAUACUCGAAAGGCUG